CGCGUUCGUGUAUUUGCAGCAAACAGCCAAUAAGCGCGUGACCUGAAGCACCGUGCACGAGUCUGGGUUGCGACCGGAAGUGAUCUAAUUCCCGUUCCAAGAGGCCCGAAAGACUCGGGGAAUUUCUAUGGAAGAGAUGUCAGGAGAAAGUGUGGUGAGCUCGGCUGUGCCGGCAGCUACAACACGGACCACCUCCUUCAAGGGGUCCAGUCCCAGUUCCAAAUACGUGAAGCUGAAUGUCGGGGGAGCGCUGUACUACACCACCAUGCAGACCCUGACAAAGCAGGACACUAUGCUGAAGGCCAUGUUCAGUGGGCGUAUGGAAGUCCUCACUGACAGUGAAGGCUGGAUUUUGAUUGACAGGUGCGGGAAGCACUUUGGGACCAUCCUGAACUACCUGAGAGAUGGAGUCGUCCCAUUACCUGAGAGCCGUAGGGAGACGGAGGAGUUGCUGGCAGAGGCAAAGUAUUACCUGGUGCAGGGCCUGGUGGAUGAGUGUCAGGCGGCUUUACAGAACAAAGAUGCGUAUGAACCGUUCUGUAAAGUUCCACUGGUGACGUCGUUGAAGGAGGAACAGAGGCUCAUUGCCACCGCAAAUAAGCCUACGGUCAAACUGCUGUACAACAGGAGCAACAAUAAAUAUUCGUAUACAAGCAACUCCGAUGACAACAUGUUGAAGAACAUUGAGCAGUUUGACAAGCUGUCUCUGAGGUUCAACGGCCGAGUGCUUUUCAUCAAGGACGUGAUCGGUGACGAGAUUUGCUGCUGGUCCUUUUACGGCCAGGGCAGGAAGAUUGCAGAGGUGUGCUGCACGUCAAUAGUCUACGCCACUGAGAAGAAGCAGACAAAGGUCGAGUUCCCAGAGGCUCGCAUCUAUGAAGAGACCCUCAACAUCUUGCUCUACGAGUCUCAAGAUGGCCGUGGACCUGACAAUGCACUGCUGGAGGCCACAGGGGGCGCUGCGGGGCGCUCCCACCACAUCGACGAGGACGAAGAGAGGGAGCGCAUUGAAAGAGUGCGGCGGAUCCACAUCAAGCGCCCCGAUGACCGCACUCACCACCACCAGUGACCCCGCCGUUUCCCAUCUAUCCAGUGCCUUAACGACUACCAGCGCUUCGGUUACGCUCCUCUGUUUGCACACGGACACGUCACUUAGGUUUAUCCCGAGUCCGUUUCCGUAGAGACAAAGGGAUGCUCGCAGAACGGCUAGUAUUGAUAAUGUUACACGACCGUAGCAUAUAGGGCAGUGCGACAUUGGUCUCGAACGUCAGCUGUGCAUUUUCAAGGACCCCGCUAAAAAGAUACCAUCACGGUGUAAAUGAGAAAUGCGCAACAGACGGCUUUACUGCAUUUAAGACAUUCCCUGAACUUGUCGCCCUGUUUGCUAUUCAUGAAUCGAAUUCCAACGAAACAUAUCAAGUCGAUCAGCUAAACUGUUGUUUUUAUUAUAGGUUUGCAGCCAAUGGAUAUCUUACAAGUUUAGUUGCCUGCCGUAGUAUUUUUGUACUAUGUUAUUUACCAUAUUGUUUGUUUGAGUGAAGACUGUAGGGUUUCUGGUGCCUUAUAGAUUAAUUCUGUUCUUUUUUUUGUGUGUGUGUAUUCUGUGAAAGACAUUGAGUUUUUGUGUCUUUUGAGUUUAGUUUACUCUUUUUCUUCUCGUUUUAGUUUGCUUUGAAGUGUUAGAGCCAGGAUUGCACAGCGCUGCUAGUGUGCGUGUGUGAGAUUCAGGAAGUUGAAGCUAUCUUGAAAAUGUCGGUGUGGUUUGGCAGACAAGUGAUCAGUGAAGGAGGAUAUUAUUAUUGCCUUAUGAGAAGAAUUCAAUCCGUAAUUACCCUAUUACUAUACUCAUUAGAGCAGAGUGUCCGAAUCUGUCUAUAUUCAUUUUAUUGUGCUUGCGCAAAAACACUUAUGCACGCUUGAAGAUUGAAUGUGCUGGAUUUUUUUUGGCAGGUCUGUAUGAGUUUGGCCAAUAGAGGGCAGUGUAAUGUUACGCCGUUUUCUCUCACAUACAUGAGGAGGCACUUUUCAAGCAGUAAUUGUCAUUUUCUAUCCCCUUUUGGCCACAAUCAGUAAAAUAGAUUAUGCUAUUAAAUACCUUUCUGCUGCGCUGUAUUAAAUUCCAUCAAGUUAAUUACGCUUCUGUGGUUCUGUAAGGGAUCUCGUUCAAGCAAAGAAACUGAGAUGCAGUCAGAAGCGUUCGGAUGUAUAUCUGUAAUUGGGAAAUGGACACCAAGUAUGAGUGUAAUCGGAGACCGGACCACGUCAGAGAUGCACGAGAGUAUGGGCUCUCCUCAGCUGCAGCGUCACAGAUGGUUUGCGAUUGAUUGUUUUAUUAAAGGUGUAUUUAAACAACAACAACAAAAAAAAACCUAUGAAAUCUAUAAUACUGUAGAGAGGUUUGUACAGACGUGCACAUGAAUAAAAUGUUUUACAUACAAAUUAUUUAUACACGCGUUAUCACAAAUAAAUUUGUAGAUCAAA